AAAGGAAAGAGAAAUCCAUUCUUUCUGAGAGUUCUGAGUUCAUCUCAGAAGAGUUGAAUCUGAAUUAUUCUCUUUAAAAUAAUAUUUUUCAUAAAACCAUUUUCCCUUCUGACAUAUAAAAUCAAAUUCCUAACUUCUGCUGAAGAUUUUCAUUUUUCAUCUACCUAACAAUCUGCUUCUGAAUCGUGCUUCUGGAGGAAGCAGAAGCAGCAAGACUCAUUUUUGAAGUCGACCCAAGUCAUCAAUUGGUGCUUUACUUCAGAAAGGAGUUUCAUUUCAGCUCAAGAAGCUGCUUUCAUUGGUGCCCAACAAAAAAUGGCAAAGCGUGGAUAUAAAAUACAGGAAUUUGUGGCUCAUUCAAGCAAUGUCAAUUGUUUGACUAUUGGAAAGAAGGGAUGUCGUCAUUUCGUUACAGGAGGAGAUGAUCAUAAGGUCAAUCUAUGGACUAUUGGCAAACCAGCUUCAUUAUCGAGUUUGUCUGGUCAUACUAGUCCGGUCGAAUCCGUUGCAUUUGAUUCGGGAGAAGUGUUAGUUCUUGCUGGAUCAUCAUCGGGUGUGAUAAGACUUUGGGAUUUGGAAGAAUCGAAGAUGGUUCGCACUGUUGCCGGGCACAGAUCCAAUUGUACAUCUGUUGAGUUUCAUCCAUUUGGUGAGUUUUUUGCAUCUGGUGCCAUGGACACUAAUCUAAAGAUUUGGGACAACCGGAAAAAAGGAUGUAUUCAUACAUACAAGGGUCAUAACCAGGGCAUCAGCACUAUCAAAUUUACUCCUGAUGGUCGUUGGGUAGUAUCCGGCGGACAUGAUAAUGUUGUAAAGGUAAUUACAGACAUCUAUGAAUCCAUUGUAGUACACCUUACAAUUGAUAUUAUUUGUUACAAUUUGUGUAUCUAUAAACUGCAUGACUACCUUAUCACUAAUUUACAGGUAUGGGAUCUAACUGCCGGAAAGCUCUUGCAUGAUUUCAAUUUCCAUGACGGACACAUUACGUCCUUAAAUUUCCAUCCGCUAGAGUUUCUUCUGGCUACAGGUUCAGCAGAUAAAACGGUGAAAUUCUGGGAUUUAGAAACCUUUGAACUGAUUGGAUCUGCUAGGCGUGAGGCCACAGGAGUACGCUCCAUUGCUUUUCAUCCUGAUGGAAGGACCCUAUUUAGCGGACAUGAAGAUGGUUUGAAGGUGUUUUCUUGGGAACCCGUUAUUUGUCAUGACACUGUUGAUAUGGGAUGGACAACACUCGGUGAUCUCUGCAUUCAUGAUGGCAAACUUUUAGGGUGCUCAUACUACCGAAAUUCUGUUGGAGUUUGGGUAGCAGAUAUAUCGCUUAUUGAGCCAUAUGGAGAUGGCUUGGAUCUCAAGAAAGAUGUAGGCACAGAGCAGAAAGACAGUCUUAAGGGAAGUAAACUGGAAAAAGUAAAGGUUGAUGCAGGACCAACUUCUGGGUUUCGCAGCAUUUCUCCUGAUGAGUCGAAAGAGAUAAAGAAUAUAUAUAUCGACUCUUCUGGUGGGAAGCCUGUUGCUUUACAGAGAUCAGCAUCUUUUAAUUCUGCAAAAGUAGAUAUGAUCGAGGAAUCCAAAGAAAUUUGUAACUCGGAAACAAUGAAGCAGAAUCCUGCAACAAAAGUUCAAGUAAAAUCAAAUGAACAAGCAACGAAAAAAUCUCUCAUUGUACCGAGGGACAUUGCUGAUGCUAAGGACUUCGCAAAACCUGUAAAAGAGACCAUCACCUUUUCAAAGACAAAACCCGGGAUGCUACUUAAACCAGCUCAUGUACGAAGAGCAUCCACAGGCAGAUUUGAUAUGGAUAAGUUUUCAAAUGCGAACUCUGGAACUUUUUGUGACAGUGCAAGUAAAUUACACAGUACGAAAGAUCCUAAGUUACAAGGUGAUCUUGGAUCUCAGAAUGAAGUCAAAGAAUCUUGUGAAGAUAAACAUCCUAUCACAGACAAGUCUGACAAAACUGUAUCUCCAUACAAAUUUUUUAAUCUGACAAAACGUGUUGAGUCCUCUACUUCCAACGAAGAAAUUGCUCCAGUCAAAUAUGUCAAUGGAGUAGCUGUUGUACGAGGAAGGACCCGUUCUCUGGUUGAGAGAUUUGAAAGAAGAGAAAGUGUUCAAGUCAAUGAAGAUCAAAUUAAUCCACCCCUCCCCACAAUUAAUGAAGCAGCUGGAAAUAUUCAUAAUGAAGAUCAAACUAAUUCAUACCCCUCCACGGAAUUUGAGAGGAAAGAAAUAAUUCCCCGCAAUGAAGAUCAAACGGAUGAGUUCCCCUCCACAGUAUUUGAGAGGAAAGAAAGAAUUCCCCGCAACGAAGAUCAAACUAUUGCAACCCCCUCCGUGGUAUUUGAGAGGAAAGAAAGAAUUCCUCGCAAUGAAGAUCAAAAGGAUGAGUCCCUCUCCACGGUAUUUGAGAGGAAAGAAAGAAUUCCCCGCAAUGAAGUUCAAACAAAUGUGUACCCCGCGACGGUAUUUGAAAGGAAAGAAAAAAUUCCCCGCGAUGAAGAUCUAACUAAUGAAUCCUCCUCUGCGUUAUUUAAGAGGACAGAAAGAAUUCCCAGCAUUGAAGUUCAAACUAAUGCAUACCCCACGGCGGUAUUUGAUAGGAAAGAAAAGAUUCCCCGCGACGAAAAUCUAACUAAUGAAUCCCCCUCCACAGUAUUUCAGAAGAAAGAAAAAAUUCCCCGCGAUGAAGCUCAAACUAAUACACACCCCACCAUGGUAUCUGAGAGGAAAGAAAGAAUUCCUCGGAAUGAAGAUCAAACAAGUGCAUCACCCUCCACGGUAUUUGAGAGAAAAGAAAGAAUACCCCGUAGUGAAGUUCAAACUAAUGCAUCCCGCUCUUCGGUAUUUGAGAGGAAAGAAAGAAUUCCCCGCAGUGAAGUUCAAACUAAUGUCUCCCCCUCUAUGGCAUUUGUGAGGAAAGAAAGAAUCGCCCGCAGUGAAGUUCAAACUAAUGCAUCCCACUCUAUGGUGCUUGAGAGGAAAGAAAGAAUUCCCCGCAGUGAAGUUCAAACUAAUACAUCCCACUCUAUGGUGUUUGAAAGGAAAGAAAGAAUUCCCCGCAAUGAAGUUCAAACUAAUGCACCCCCAUCCACGGCAUUUGAGAGGAGAGAAAGAAUUCUCCGCAAUGAAGUUCAAACUAAUGCAUCCUCCACGGUAUUUGAGAGGAAAGGAAGAAUUCCCCGCAAUGAAGAUCGAAACAAUAUGCCCUCCAUUCCUAACUCAAUAUCUGACAUUGAUGAAUCUCCCAGUCCCAACAUACUGAAAGUUGAACCUCAAGUUUCUCAAAGGGAUUCAAACUCUCCAAAUGAAAUGACAAUAAUUGAAGGUCUGAUGGAAACCCAUGAUGCAACAUUAAGUAAUCUCCGUUCACGCUUGACAAAAUUACAGGUGGUGCGGCAUUUUUGGGAACGGAAUGAUAUCAAAGGUGCUAUCAAUGCUUUAAGAAAGCUGCCAGAUCAAUCCGUUCAAGCAGAUGUUAUUAGUGUUCUUAUGGAAAAGAUGGAGAUUCUUACAUUGGAUUUACUUUCUUCCUUACUUCCUGUGCUCACAGGUUUGCUGGAUAGCAAGACAGAAAGACAUGUAAAGGUGUCACUAGAUAUGUUGUUAAAGUUUGUGGCAGUUUUUGGUUCAACAAUAAAUGCAACCAUUUCAGCACCUCCCUCUGUUGGGGUUGAUCUGCAUCGAGAGGAAAGGAGGGAAUGUUGCAACGCUUGCUUUAUGGAACUGCAAAAAGUCCAAACCAUUCUUCCAUUGCUGAUACGGAGGGGUGGUUUAUUGGCCAAAUCGUCCAUGGAGCUAAAUCUUGUUCUUCAACGAUCAUAACAGAUGUUUGUAUGAACAUGUGAAGGAGUAACUUGCCUUGGUGCAAAUUAAACAUGAAGCUUUCAUAUGUUGGAUUGUUAUAAUCAUAUGAUUGUUAAAAUCGUAGCGUUUAAGCUACAAUUUUGUCUUGAUGAUUUUCUCUGUUAGUUGUUGUCAUCAUCAUCACCGGCUUUGUUGAUGGUAGAGCAUUGUAUCAAAUGAGACAUUUUAUGAGAGAGUUGAAUGAGUUCUUUUGACCUUGUCUUGUAUAGACACACUUGAAGGUGGAAACCAUACAAGGAUCUUUGUCUUCAACAAUUAUGAAGACUUGUUGUCCUAACUUCAAUUCACUGAUCUUGGCUAUUGCUAUUGUUUGUAUGUAAUUCUGGUUUUUCUUCAAUUUGUUGCUUCUUGUUAUUAGUGGUAGUGAUAUUGACCCCUAUAUGUUGCAUUACCCCAAGUGGGGUGUAUUAGAUGUAUGUAGUAGCUUCCUUAUUUCAAUGUAUAUCUCAUAUUUUGUUCAGUGAAAUGGAUUUUCAAUUUUUUUUGUUCAAA